AUGGAGGUGGAAAUGGAGGUCCUGGAGACUAACCCUCCCGAACAUCAACACUCCAUAAUGCUCGAUAUUAUCACGAAGAAUGACACAGUCAAGGUGAAAUGCUGUGACCAGUCCAGUCCACGCACCGCUCCGCCCGCGCCUUACCGUGCUUCGACGAGCCAUCCCGAAGGCGCCUUCGAGAUCCACCUGGCUAGGGAGACUCUGGAUUACGGCGUUUCUCCCAACAUGCCCCUCCUCGCCGAGACGAGACCUGUGUUGAGUCUUUGUCCCACCCGUCCUCUAUAUGCCAAACGUGUGGGCCAGUCGUCGGCCAUUCGGCAAGCGGAAUAUGCUAGUCAACUCGGCUCAAAGAUUUUGUCAUUCUAUGAGACAAUACUUGAAUGUGUCUUACCCUGCAUCCCGAAAAUGGACAUGGUGGCGGUGCCGGACUUUGGAGGCAAAGGCAUGGAAAACUGGGGUCUGAUUACGUUCAAGGCAGUGCUGUACUAUCCUGCCCGUGACCUCCGCAAAGAAGGCCAAGGAGAGCUUGUCGAGCGUCGUGGCCCACGCUGGCGCACCGUGGUUUCGGCAAACCUGGUGACGCCCCAAGUGGUGGGACGACCUCUGGCUCAACGAGGCGGCCAUCGUGGAAGAAAUGGAAAAAUUCACCACCGAAAAACUCCAAAAAACAUUUUUGAGACUGACAGCCUCGAGUCCUCUCAACCCUAUUCAUCCUGCCAGUUAACGACGCCACGACUCUCGGAAAUUUUCGACGGAUCGAGUACAGCAAAGGUAGCCAAGGGCGCAACCCUUUCCUUCUGCUUGCAGUUGUACAUCUGUGAAAAACUGCAUUAUUUAAGGAAUUUAGGAUUUAAUCCUAUAUGGAUCAGCAGUUACCUCAACGCCUUCGCAUACAGCAAUGCAGAGCAGGACGACCUUUGGGAACACCUGACAGCCGCUGCUCACCGUGACCGAAAGCUUCCCGAGAACUUAACUGUGAAGACGAUCAUGGACACGUGGACGCUGCAGAAGGGCUUCCCCGUCAUCAAGGUAACGAGGAGUUCGGAUGGUACCUCCGCCGACGUCUCUCAGGUGUGUAUCUCCACAGGAACAUUUUUGUUGGUGAAGGAGGAAAAGUCGUGUCGGACCCAAGACUUACGAUGGUGGGUUCCUCUCAGCUACACGUCGCAGGGCGAGGCCAACUUCGACCAGACAGAAGCUGUUGGCUGGAUGAAGGACUCCGAUCAGAGAAUUGCACUCACGUCACUGCCUCCGAAGGACCAAUGGGUCAUCUUCAACCUGCAGCAGACGGGCUACUACAGAGUCAACUACGACGACCACAACUGGAACCUCCUCGUCCAACAGCUGAAGGACGACCACGAAGUUAUCCACGUCGUCAACCGAGCGCAGAUCAUUGACGAUGCCAUGAAUCUUGCUAGAGCCGGUCAGUUAAGCUACACUACAGCCUUGGAUGUCUUCACUUACCUGGGAAAGGAAAGGGAACACCUGCCGUGGAUGUCUGGUGUGUCGAACCUCAACUAUGUGAUGCUCAUGUUCAAGCGGACACAUGCUUUUCCUGCUCUUAAGCGUUAUAUUCUGGACUUGAUAUUGCCUGCCCUCGUAUCGAAUUGCCUUGGCGGCUCAUCGCGCGAUCGCCGCUCGGAGGGUGUGUACAAAACUAUCGCUGGGCUGGCGUGCCGUCUGGGUCAUCCAGACUGUCGGAAUGAGGCGCUGCACAGAACUAUCAUCUCUCCAAACCUUCGGUCAGAGCUGAUGUGCACGGGCGUAAAGGCAGGCGGCGAAAAGGAAUGGAACUUCGUCUGGAACGAGUACCUGAAUUCCAACGCUUCGCAGGAGAAAAUAAGCUUCCUCGCCUCUCUAGGAUGCAGUAGAAAUGUCACCAUUUUGUCGAGGUAA